AUGGCGCGACGGAAUCGCGAUUUCUUUUUGGUUUUAUUCCUUAUCGCGUUUAUAUUAUUCUACUUUAUCACUUCGAGGGAAAAUAAUGAAGGUUAUUCGCCGAAAUUUGAACUUCGCGCGCCAUUAUCGCCGUUGCCAGAAUUCAAUAUUUCGUCACCGUUCAUAUUCAUAGGCGGUGUGCCGCGUUCUGGGACCACGCUAAUGCGAGCAAUGCUUGACGCUCAUCCCGACGUUCGAUGUGGUGAGGAGACGCGAGUAAUUCCAAGGAUACUUGGAUUGCGAUCGCAGUGGAAGAAGUCUGAAAAGGAAUGGAAUCGCCUUCAACAAGCUGGUGUUACUAACGAUGUAAUUAACGCAGCGGUUAGCUCAUUUAUUAUGCAGGUUAUUGUUGGGCAUGGAGAAGUUGCGCCAAGAUUAUGCAAUAAGGACCCGUUUACGAUGAAAUAUGCGACAUACUUGAAGGAGAUUUUUCCCAAUGCCAAAUACUUGCUGAUGGUGCGCGAUGGACGGGCGACAGUGCAUAGCAUAAUUAGUCGAAAAAUCACAAUCACCGGAUUCGAUCUCAAUGAUUUCCGUCAGUGCAUGCAGAAAUGGAAUUCGGCGAUGGAGACAAUGAUAGAUCAGUGUAACGCUGUAGGCGAUCGAUGCCUUCGAGUUAAUUAUGAGCUUCUGGUACUCCACCCGGAGGCACAAAUGCGGAAGAUACUUGAGUUUCUGGAUAUCCCAUGGAAUUCGAACGUGCUGCAUCAUGAACAGUUGAUUGGAAAGGACAUAUCGUUGUCGAAUGUUGAAAGAAGCUCGGAUCAGGUGGUGAAACCAGUGAAUCUUGACGCGCUUUCGAAAUGGGUUGGAAAAAUACCGGAGGAUGUUGUUCGAGAUAUGGAUGAGAUCGCGCCGAUGUUGAAAAAGCUUGGAUAUGAUCCGAAAGCGAAUCCUCCAAAAUAUGGUGAUCCGGACGAGCUAGUCGCCAAAAAUACGGACGAUGUCCAUAAAAAUGGCGAAAUAUGGUAUAAGAAAGCCGUUCAGGUGGUCAAUGAUCCGGCAAGAGUAGAUAAGCCAAUCGUUGACGGCGACACAAAAGUGUAA